AUGGUAAACCUUUUGAUCAAAAUUUCGCUGCCACUAAACCACGGUGGUCUAAACUCAUUACCCUUUACGAACCUUGGGUCGGUGGAACAUGCUAAACUGAACCUGAACAAUGAGACUCUAGACCGCAUUACGUUGACUUCAAAGUCUGAAAUUGGAUUCGCACAACACCUAGUGGACCUCGUUGUCUCUGUGCUUCAAAAAGGUUCUGGGUUGCCAACUACCCUUGUCAAGGACUUGCUACCAGCAGCAUCCCCUGCUGAACCUGACCCAGAGAUUAUCACAGUGUUACCGCGUAGCCCAGACGAAUUAACUGUAUAG